UAUCAAAUAUUGCUAGCGGACCGUACAUCUAGAAAAAUGAUAUUUUAGUCAUUGCCGGUCGUCGAGUAAAAAUAAAUUUAAGCAAUUAACUGAACACUUAAUAAUUUAUAACUACAUAGGUAAUAAAUAUUGUGAAUUUCUUUUUUUUUCGUCACGUACAAAUAGUUUUAUUUUCUGGUCAAUAUUUUUGUCUCUAAAAGGAUCAAUAUGUUUGUGACAAAGUGUCUGGCACAACAAUGUUUCAAGAUAGCUAGAUUACAAUCUCUUAAAUCAGCUAAGAUCUGUGUACCAACCGUUCGUUGUUAUGGUAGUAUUUACGAGCCAGAGUAUUUAGACCUAUUAAAGCCAGAUAUUCCUGAAUAUGAGGAAGUAAAUAUUCAAAUCAAAGGUUACGACUUCGCUAUACUAGAAUCGUUUCAAAAACUUGUGCACACAGUUGCAGAAAAUAUGGACCUUGAAGUAUCUGAUGGGUGGGCAUUACCCCCGCAAACAAUAAAUGUCAAACGAUUGGUGCCUAACAGCGAUAAUGUAGAGGCCCAAUACACGUUAAAUGUAUAUGAACGCAAUAUACAAGUGGUUGAUGUCCCCACUACUAAGCUUUCCUUACUUAUUGAAGUAAUAGAAGACUCACUACCUGCGGGUGUUAAGGCAUCAAUUCACAAGCACACAGAUGAACAUGAAAUUCUCAGAUAUAUACCUGAUAAUGAACUGAAAAUAUUGAAAGAUCAACUUGAAGAAAUGGGUGGCUCAAAAAAAAAAAAGUGAGCCCGAAAUACUUAUUUUUAUUGUUAAAUUUAUAA